AUGAAAAGUCUUGCGGGCGAAAAUCAUAUGCUCAACAAUAUAGCUGAUGCAUGGGCAUACCUUUUAAAUGUUGAAAACAGAAGGCGAGGUGUAGGAACAGAAAGUAGAUUUUUCUUCAGCACAAAGCCAUAUGACAUCUUAUGCAAAGAUAAGUACUUUCUUUCGAGUAUCAAGUUCAGUGAAAGAUAUCCUGCUUUGUUUAAAAGAAUGGAUGAAGAACUAGCACAUGCUAAAGUAACAAGCUUGCAAAGAGUUCAAUUGGUGUUUUUUCCGAUAGUUAAUGGUGGUCAUUACUAUCUAUUGUGCAUUAACUUCAUGAAUGGCAGUUUGGACGUGAUUGACAACCAAUGCAUUACACCCCCUAUGACGUAUUUGGGAAAAUACAAGAAUGAACCAAGAAAUAUGUUGAAAGGCUUCGCAGAAUAUUAUUUUGCAAGACACAAUGGAGGAAACAAAAGUUCUGUAACUGAUUUCAAAACAAGAAACCUGAAUAUGAAAUGGAAAAGCAACGCCAAUUAUGAUGAUUGUGGAGUGUUUUUGCUGAAGCACAUGGAAACUUAUUAUGGAGAGAGUGCAAAGGAAUGGAAUCCGGGACUGGAAAAAGACAACUUUGAGAAAAUGAAGAGAUUGAGAGUUGAAUAUUGUGGAAAGUUAUUGGCGCACAAAGAGAAUGAUGAACAUCAUACAAUGAUUUCAAAAUCAAGAACAUGGGCACUAGAAAACAAAAUUUGA